AUGCCAAAGUUGUUGGAUCUUCGCGACGACCAUCAACUUCGGUGUGACCUUGUCCCACCAACAACUUGCUUGGUAUCUUGUCGGAGGAACACCCUAGAUUUGAGGUUGUAUCUUAGGGGCACUGUCAAGUUCGCCGUCAGCUUGUCCUACAAAGAGCUUCGUUCAUAUCUUCUCCCACAGGUAUGGUUCAUAUGUUGUUUUCCAUGGUUGCAACCUGAAACUGGUUCUACUGGUGUUGUACUCCAUGCAUGGUUGAACUAA